UCUCUCUCUCUCUCUCUCUCUCUCUCUCUCUCUCUCUCUCUCUCUCUCUCUCUCUCUCUCUAACUCUACCUCAUGGUUUCAGUCUACCUCUCUUUUCCACACUUCUUCGUUCUCUCUGUCACUCCUUUGCUGUCUUAAUCUAACUCGCCCACUGGUGCUCUCGCUCUCCCUGCCUCUCUCUCACUCACUCACUCACUCACUCACUCCCCCUUGCUCUAUUUUGACUGCAUACUUAAGUUGCUGCCUGCCUCAGUGUUGUGGAUGUGUUAGCGCCUGAUAUCUGGAUAAGAGAAUUUAAGCCGUUUCCUUGGAGUCUACUGGAGCUGACCACAGUGGUGAAUCUUGUCGGAAUUUAAACUGCAAGUCAAUCCCUGUGUACAGGGUGACCACACGUGGGCGACCAUGUUGGGUCAGAGCGUGCGUCUGCAGCCGGUGCCCAUCCAGAGUCUAUCAGAGCUGGAGCGAGCCAGGCUGCAGGAGGUGGCCUUGUACCAUCUGGAGGAGAGGGAUCUGGACUUUAAGAUAAACAUCCCCAGAGAAAUACGAAAACGUAGAAAAUCUCUGCGCAGGAAGCUUGACUCCUUCGCCAAGGAAAAGAAAGAACGGGAAUCCAAUUCCAGUGCAUUUGGGAUCCCCCUCUCGCAGGUCAUCGCCAACGACCGCGCCUACAAACAGCGUCAGGACGCCCUGAAGGAGAGCCGUCGAGACUGCCUGGACCUGGAGGCCAGCAUCCUCAGCUUCCGGGCAGAGAAACGCCAGUUCUUCAACGGGAGCAAGCCGCUGGGCGCCGGAGCCGUUUCCUCCUCACUGGCCGGGGGGGGACCCGGUUCACCGUCCACAAAUUCGGUGGCGCCCGCGCCAGUCAUGCAGGGCGCCCACUGCAAACCGCUGUCCCCGACAUUCAGGGAUAACAGCGGACGGGUUCAGAGGAGGGGCGGUCUAUCAGUCGACUCCAUCUCUGACCUUGUGGAGAGCCAGUCUCGGCUGCUGGAGGCUCUGCAGCUUUCCCACCCGGCUGAGCUGGAGCUCAAGAAGUCAGCAGGAAGUUCAUCUGGUGGCAGGACCCAGAUCAAGCUCAGCCUCAACCCCAUCUACAGGCAGGUGCCCCGGGUCCUGGAGAGGUGUUGCGCUCACAUCGAGGCCUACGGUCUUCAGACGGUGGGAAUUUUUCGAGUCGGGAGCUCCAAAAAGAGAGUGAGACAGCUGCGUGAGGACUUUGACAUGGGGGCUGAUGUCCAGUUAGAUGAGGAACAUAGCGUCCAUGAUGUGGCAGCUCUGCUGAAAGAGUUUCUCAGGGACAUGCCUGAUCCUCUCCUACCCAGAGAGCUCUACCCUGCCUUUCUACACGCUAACCUGCUGAGGGGGAUAGACCAGCUGAACUACCUCCAGCACCUCCUCUACGUGCUGCCUCCCUGCAACUGCGACACCCUCUUUCGCCUCCUCACCUUCCUGCACACCGUUCAGAGCUACGCACAGGACGCUGUGGGACCCACUGAUGAAGAGAUCCUUGGUAACAAGAUGACGGCGGCCAACCUGGCAGUGAUUUUUGGGCCCAACCUGCUGCAGGGGGAGAGGGUAGGAGGAGACAUGGGUCUCCACAGUAUGGGGAUCGAGGACAGCACUGUCAUCAUUAACGUCACCUUGAUCCUUAUACAGAACUACCGGAGGCUUUUCACGGUAUCUGCAGAGCUGCAGCAGGAGGUUCUGAUGAGUCUGAUCCAGACAGACCCUGACAUCAUCGACUAUCUGCUCCGUAGGAAGCUCAGCGGCUGUCACCUGACAAUGGAGAGCACCAGCAGCAGCUGUAGCAGCAGUGAACCAGGAGGCCGUCGGGACACCGGAGCGUCUCUGGACUCAGUGGGGGCAUCCAGCGGCAGCCUCUCACCGCUGGAACCCCCCUCACCCCUCUUCCCCCCGGACGGGAGUGGCGGGGAGGGGAGCCUGACCAGCGAGGUGUUCCUCAACAUCCUCAAGCUCAACCAGAACAGGAAGCGCCAGGAAGUGAGAAACGUACCUGCCCCACCCCUUCUUUCCACCCAGCGAGCUUUCCGGGCUACCACAUGUCUCGGAGUCACCAGCCGCUUCUUUUCACCUGACAGUGAGGAGUUUCACCAGAGGCACGUAGCGCGUGGGAGGACCACGCUAUUCCCCCAGCCCCGAUCAGGCGCCCUGACCAACCGACCAGCGGAGGCGCUAGUGCAGUGACCAGGACAUACACCCACAUCCGGCUUCUCACCCGCAGACACGGCCAAUGGUGUCUGUAGGGACGCCCGACCAAGCCGGAGGUAACACGGGGAUUCGAACCGGCGAGCCCCGUGUUGGUAGGUAACAGAAUAGACCGCUACGCUACGCUACCCAGACGCCCCUACUUUCUUCCUUUUUUUCUUCUCGGAUGUGUCCCCUUGUACACUUGUAGCACUCAGUAUACAGACAUGUCAAAACGAAACUUCGAAGGGAACUCGAACAGUCUACCGAACCGAACCCACACCAGGUCUGUUACAAGCUGUCAGUCACUGUUUCAUUGACAUGUUAUUCAUACCAACUGGGACCGCUAGAGGCGAAUAUCCAUCACAUCAAGGCACUUUCCAAGUGUUGUGCUCUCUGUAACUAAGUUUUUAAAAGUGGUAUAUAAAUGAGAUUUUGCUUGCUUUUCAUCAGAAGGGGUCACCGUUCACGCCAUCGCCUCAUGGACCUCCUCACGACACCAAACUGUUAAGGUGUUGUGUAUCAGCAGAUGCACCGGUUUUGAGCAGACGUUGGUAUAAGACGUAGACCAUUACAAUAUCACCUGUGGAAGAGAAUCCUCCAUAUAUGGUUUCUCCAUUUUAGUGUCUUGUGACUUAUUAUGCAAUGUAGUUUCUGUAUGUUGGGUUUUCCGACCUUUUUUACAAUGCACGUCCAUGGGGCACCUACUGUUCUGUCAGAGAUUUGACCACACACCGUUAUAUUCCUGUGCACGCUGUGAUUUUAUUGUAUUGCUUCAUCACCAAUACAAAAGUUGUACCCCACAUUAUCUUUUCCUCGUCUCUCCAGUUUAUGAACGUUUACUUUGGAACUCGUACCGGCGAAAUCAUCUCUGGGCCUUUGCCUAUAAUUCUGAAAACUUUUCCAAAUCGCUGACUGAUCAUAAAUCCAUCACCCAGAUGUGCAGACUGGCUAGGCCUGCGGUGAAAUGUGCUUUUCUGCAGAAUGCACCGCGUUUCUGCUGAGGAUUAAACGUUUAAAUGUCAUUGUGUCACUGCUUGUUGAAUCCAGUAGCAGAGGAAAAGGGGCUGCAGGGAGGAACCGUGACGGCCCGACGCCUCGGGUUUAAUACAACGCUGAGCUGAGCUGGGUCAGCUUCGGUCAAAACAGUCCCUGAUGAAGACCUGCCCAUCCAUCCAUCUAUUAUCCAAACCGCUUAUCCUGCUCUCAGGGUCACGGGGAUGCUGGAGCCUAUCCCAGCAGUCAUUGGGCGGCAGGCGGGGAGACACCCUGGACAGGCCGCCAGACCA